CCCAUCUUUUCGUUCAACAAGCUUUGUACCCUCUCAGUUUGGCAUGCGAGGAAUUAACCAUGUGUUAGGAACAAAAUUUUGCCAUGAUGAACAUAACAUCAACAAUAAACUUGUCCAUAUAGGGAAGGAAAUCCGAGGUAUACGAGAGCAGCAGAUAGUUGACUUUUACACUGUGAAAUGCGUUGGAUCAUUUCAUUGUAAAAAGCAAAACAACAACCAGUAAACUAGAAUGGAAUCAAUUUAGACUGCUAAUCCGCUUCCGCUAUAAUAAGUGCUUAAUUGACGCAAAAAUUGACAGAUAAGCUAAUUAUUAGAUUUACUUCAGCUCCAUAAAUUGAAGUCCUAGUCUUGCAGCCUCAGUAUCCGCAGAUCUAACCAAAUCAAUGAAACCAGAGAGACACCCUUUCUGAACAAGGGAAACCAAGUGCUCGACAAUCAGAUUUGGCUUUCCAUCACCCUCUGUUGGGGCAACACAGAUGUUUCCCAACACAUAGGCCACUUCCUCUCUUAUAUCAAAAGGUGCCAAAGAAAGAACGUGUAACAAUAAGGGCAGUGCUUCAGUAUAAUAUAUCAGCUGCUUAUGCUCAAUGGAACCAGCAGCAAUGUUUGAUAGUACCCAUGCUGCUUCCUACAAUAACAGCAAAGUUUUGAAUGAGAAUUGCUGAUAAUGAUUAAUGCCAAAACAAUGAAUAUAAACCUGCUCACCUUCUUCAAGAUCCUGUGUUCACUCUUCAAACAUUUUCCUAGAACUUUUAUCACAUUAUCUUAAAUGUUUGAAAAUGUUAAUAAUUAAAAUGUAAUGAAGACAUUAAUUCAGCAGCUUAGAAAGUGCAGCAUUUAGUUGCCUGUGAUUUCACAUCCAGGAAUGAGAAUUGUAGAAGUUGUGUGUGAAUCACCAGCUCCAAGAUUACCUAAACUUCUGAGCACCUAGAGGGACUAAUAUUUGUCGAGUGGAUUGUAGAGAGCAGGAAUUGCUCAUUAUAAAGAUGCAUGUGUAAU